AUUAAGCACCAUCCGCUUUUGCUUCUUGAAGCAAUCAACCCAAAAUAGAUAACAACAAAAACUCAUUCACCCUCAUCACAUCCAUACCAUUUCCCAUUUCACCUCCACCGCCACACCGCACCCCAAAAUUCACCUUAUUAAAAACAAAAAAGCUUCCCUUGAAUUGAAUAAUAUUCCAAAAUUUCCAUUAACCGCACUUCAAUGUGGCGAUCGUGGAGCAGCAACAACUCAACGGUCCGGAUCUCUUCAUCGUCAUCGUCCCCCACCUUUUCUCCUUCUCCUCUCUUCUCCUGUUCCUCCUUCAAGGACGUCGAAUCCCUCUGCCUCGAAGAUUCUCCCCAAUUACAAAUCAACGCCCCCCAACCCCAACUCUGUUCCUCGCCAACCAACAAAAGAGUAUCCUCCGUCUUCCACCGAGUCACACUCGCCAACUCGCUCGUCCGCUCCUGGUCAAAUCACACUCAACCCCACCGCCAACAACCACCUCCGCCACCACAACCACCACCACCACCCAAACCUGCCAGGGCCUUAUCCUUACCCUCCCCCAGACGCAAAGAAAAACAUCAUCAUGAAACAGAACCCAACCUCCAACCACAAAACCACAAAACCGCCAAACAAAAUACCGAAAAUGCCCCUCUUUACAUACCUGGCACGGAGCAGCGUGUGGUGGUCUACUUCACGUCCCUACGCGUUGUGAGGCACACGUUCAAGUCCUGCAGGACGGUCCUCUCGAUCCUCACCGGCUUCCGAGUCCCCAUUGACGAGCGUGACGUGUCAAUGGACUCGAGCUUUCUAACCGAGUUGGGCCACAUAUUGGGCCCGGACGGGCCCAAUAAGCUUCCGUGUGUGUUCAUAGGAGGAAGAUACGUUGGGGGAGAAGAGGAGGUGAUCUGCAUGAACGAGACCGGUGAGCUGAAGCAGCUUCUGGAAGGUUUGCCCAAGGCGGAUACAGGUGAGUGCCACGUGUGCGGUGGUCAGAGGUUCGUUCUGUGCGACGAGUGUGACGGUAGCAGGAAGGUAUAUACGGAGAAGAAUGGAGAGUUCAGAACGUGUGGCAAGUGCAACGAGAAUGGAUUACUCAGGUGCCCUAUUUGUUUCGCUGAAUCACCUAUAUUCUCCCCAUGAUCCUAAUUUUUUUUUUCUUUUUUAAAAUUUGCUUAGUUUUUGUAGUUUGGGAAAUGUAAGAAUUGUUGUGUAUAGGCACUGAGGGUGCGAAUGCAGUGGUGCUUGUUUUUAAGACCAUAUAUAUAAACAUUGUACUUCUUUGAUUAAGAGGUAAAGGAAGUUCUGUAAAUUUUUAUCUUUGGCAUCUUUUCUUGAAAUCCAUUAUCUAUUUAUUUUC